AUGUUUCUUGAAAUGAAGGGGAAUGGGGUACCCUUGGGACCGGAACUGAGUGAUGCGUUGCGGCAGACCUCAUCUCGACGAACAGUAUGCGUCCUUCGCAGUCACUUUGUUAGCAAGCCUGGCAAAGAAGCACGACAGAUUAGGCUCCGUUGCAACGUUGUUUCUUUGAUAUCUUCGAAAUCAAAAUACUGCGUACAAUUUACAAAACACAGCGACUCGCUGUUGAGGUAUGAUUGA